UUUUAUGUAGGUAGCAUCGCAAUCACGACAUUCGAUCUGAUAAAUUAAUGACAGUAAUCGGAUCCACUUCUAUUCAUUCCACUUCUAUUCAUCCAUUGUAGAUGUUGCACCAAAGUGAGUAUUUGAUUACACAGGGAUGCGUUCAGGAAUUACGCUCAGAUAACUCUAGGCUACAGUUUACGUUACGUAUAGUAUUGUAUAAUAAAAAUGUACACUAGAAUUAUCUAGGCGCAAUUUCUGAACGCACUCCAUAAUGCAAUAUUUUUCUUCCCCCGUUUUCUUGACUAGCAUGCAAUAAAUAUUCGAACGAAACUUUCUAGCGAUGUCAAUUAUAUCGCGAACGUUGAGCAAACACGCUCAAUGUGAUUCACGUUAUCAUUUGCGAAUCUCUAAGGCGGUGUCAGUCACGUGAUAGUAUAGUGUACCUGAUACAUUAUUAUAGGAAUACUACGCGAUAGUGCUCCGAGAAAUCAUUCAUAAGCAUCUUAUAAAUAAAGCUGAAUCUUCAACCAAAUAGAUUAUUGAAUAUUGCAUUUAUAAAAUGGACGUCAAUGCUAAAUGCACAAUUCUAGUGACUGGAUUUGGUCCAUUCAGUAUACACACAGUGAACGCCAGCUGGGAGGCGGUGAAGGAAUUGCAGGAACUAUGGAAGAAUUCCGUGGAAUUUUCCGACGUUAAACUGAUUACAGAAAAAAUUCCAGUUUCGUAUGAUUACGUAUCUGAUCAUAUUCCUCAGCUCUGGAAGAAACACAAUCCUUCAAUUGUCCUACAUGUGGGUGUAUCACGUGAAGCUAAAUCUUUAACGAUAGAGCAACAUGCUUACAGCAAUGGCUACAACAAAUUCGAUAUAUAUAAUAAAUGCCCCAAUGAAACUGAUGUCGAGUGUAAAGUUUUGAAAACUGAGAUAGAUGUCAGAGAACUUUGCAAUAAUGUGAAUGAAAACUUCGAAAGAAGCGGAUGCAAAGUUUGUUUGUCGGACAAUGCUGGCAGAUAUCUAUGUGAAUAUAUAUUUUAUCAAUCACUCUGUAUUGAGCCAACAAAGACUCUAUUUGUGCACGUUCCAGAUUUUAAUAAGUAUCCUAGUAAACAAACUGCGAAUGGUUUAUAUGAAAUUUUAUGUUACUUAAUAAAAAAUUUGGAAUUGAGUUAACAGUCUUAAUCUAAGCUGUUAAGUGAUUAAUAAUAAGGAAUGAUAGUGUAUAUGUUCAAGGUCUAUAUACAUUUUCUUAUAUACAUAUGACAUAAUAUCUAGAAAAAAAUAAAAAAGGUUAG